AUCUGCUUGUGACAGGAAAAGAAGCAAAAAGCAAUGUGCACGCCAUGGACAAUAGCAAGGCUGACGAGAUGGCGAAUAGGGGAGUGGGCAUCAUGUCUCUUUGCUUGCAAGCUCCCUUCAGAUGACGAAUCAGAUACAUUCCAUCCUUCUGUACCUCCUCAUGUACCCAGUGAAAGCAGGCUCUCUGGAGCGAAACAAGAUGAGACCAGAAUCUAUGUGAUCAAACCAGGAACCCCAUCAACACACAAGUCCAACAAACAGAGAUUAGUCCCUAUUUCCAUUCCCUCUAUCAAAGAUUCUGAACAGCUAAAUAGUAAGAUAUGUUCACAGUACUAUCCACCCGAAUUCAAAGAAGAAGACUACAUUGUCUUCUGCUUUAAAGAGGAUGGAACCUUCGAAGUUGUUAAGGAUGAGAAAUCAGAAUCAUGUCAUCAUGUCAAUUACAGGACUGAACUGUCAAAGGCCGUCAUCAACCGAAAGACUGUUUAUGGAGACAAUACAGAUACAGAUAGCAAAUACGGAGAUGAAGAUGUGUCAAAUGAGGAUGGAAUUGAUUUUGAUGUAACACAUGAAGAGUCUUAUAUUUUCGCUGAUGAAGAAGAGGGUGAAGAUGAAGAAGAGAGCAUAUAUUUUGAUUCUGAGGCCCCACCUCCAGGGAUCAUCAGAGCAGAAGCCCAUGAUGCUGAUGAUUCAGGAACAAAUUCUCAAGAAUCAAGCUUCUCUACCACUACUCAGUCGCAGAGCAGCAGUAGUACAGGUUCAUUUGCCUUCCCUGUGUUGCGUUGCGAGUGGAAUGGCAGUCCCAUAAAAAUGCCAAAACCAGAAGCCCUGCAUUUGAGAAAGCUAAAACCACUGCGCAUAAUAGGCCUUCAGUGUUGUAAAUUCUGAAAAGCCUGGAUGGAAGUUUUGCAAUUAUGUGUUC